AUGAUGAAUUAUCGAUUUCGACGGAAACCGCAAAAGAAAAAAGAAGGAAAUUUGGAUGAUCUCAAACAAGAGCUCGAUAUCGAUCAUCAUAAAAUUUCGGUUAAUGAAUUGUAUCAAAGAUUUCAUACGAGUGCUGAAACCGGUCUAACGCAUGCAAAGGCAAAGGAAAAUCUUGAAAGGGAUGGACCGAACGCUUUGACGCCACCCAAACAAACUCCAGAAUGGGUUAAAUUUUGCAAACAAUUAUUCGGUGGAUUUGCUCUUCUCCUAUGGAUCGGUUCGAUUCUUUGUUUCAUCGCAUAUGGUAUAUUAGCAACAACCGUCGAAGAACCAGCUGAUGACAAUUUAUACCUUGGAAUCGUAUUAGCCGCUGUCGUUAUCGUAACUGGCGUAUUUUCAUAUUAUCAAGAAAACAAAAGCUCAAGAAUUAUGGAAUCCUUUAAAAAUAUGGUUCCCCAGUUUGCCACGGUUAUUCGACAAGGUGAAAAACUUACCCUUCGAGCCGAAGAUAUUGUCGUUGGUGACGUGGUAGAAGUUAAAUUUGGAGAUAGGAUACCCGCGGAUAUAAGAAUUAUAGAAAGUCGAGGAUUUAAAGUUGACAAUUCGUCAUUGACUGGAGAAUCCGAACCGCAAAGCAGAAGUAUCGAAUACACUCAUGAAAAUCCAUUAGAAACAAAAAAUCUGGCAUUUUUCUCGACAAAUGCCGUUGAAGGUACUGCUAAAGGUGUCGUCAUCAGUUGCGGAGAUAAUACGGUUAUGGGUCGAAUUGCUGGAUUAGCAUCUGGAUUAGAUACUGGAGAAACUCCGAUCGCCAAAGAAAUCCAUCAUUUUAUCCAGCUCAUUACCGGCGUAGCAGUUUUUCUAGGUAUAACUUUCUUCUUAAUUGCUUUCAUCUUGGGUUAUCACUGGUUGGAUGCCGUCAUUUUCUUAAUAGGUAUUAUUGUGGCCAACGUACCAGAAGGUUUACUUGCUACCGUAACAGUAUGUUUGACUCUAACCGCCAAACGAAUGGCUUCCAAAAAUUGUCUCGUUAAAAAUUUAGAAGCUGUCGAAACUUUGGGGUCAACCUCUACCAUUUGUUCAGAUAAAACAGGUACCCUUACGCAAAAUCGAAUGACCGUCGCUCACAUGUGGUUCGACAAUCAAAUUAUCGAAGCGGAUACGACGGAAGAUCAAUCUGGUGUUCAAUAUGAUAGAACCAGUCCAGGAUUUAAAGCUUUGUCCAAGAUUGCCACUUUAUGCAAUCGAGCCGAAUUUAAAGGUGGUCAAGAAGGAAUUCCAAUUUUAAAAAGGGAAGUUAAUGGUGACGCUUCGGAAGCUGCUUUACUAAAAUGUAUGGAACUUGCUUUGGGUGACGUGAUGACAAUACGUAAAAAAAAUAAAAAGGUCUGCGAAAUUCCAUUCAAUUCAACUAACAAAUACCAAGUUUCAAUUCACGAAACUGAUAAUGCUGAUGACCCGAGAUAUCUUAUGGUGAUGAAAGGUGCUCCAGAAAGAAUUUUGGAUCGUUGCACUUCUAUAUUCAUUGCUGGAAAAGAAAGAGUUUUGGAUGAAGAAAUGAAAGAAGCUUUCAAUAAUGCUUACCUUGAACUCGGUGGUUUAGGCGAAAGAGUUUUAGGAUUCUGUGAUUUAAUGUUACCGUCUGAUAAAUUUCCUUUGGGAUUCAAAUUCGACAGCGACGAUCCUAAUUUCCCAAUAACCGGAUUGCGUUUUGUCGGUCUCAUGUCAAUGAUUGAUCCUCCCAGGGCUGCCGUGCCCGAUGCCGUAGCUAAAUGUCGAUCAGCUGGUAUUAAAGUAAUUAUGGUCACGGGAGAUCAUCCGAUCACAGCAAAAGCCAUUGCAAAAUCGGUCGGAAUCAUAUCCGAAGGAAACGAAACCAUCGAGGAUAUUGCUCAACGAUUAAACAUACCCGUAUCGGAAGUUAAUCCUAGGGAAGCCAAAGCGGCUGUCGUUCACGGUGGAGAAUUGAGAGAUCUCACAUCAGACCAAUUGGAUGAAAUACUGAGGUAUCACACAGAAAUCGUGUUCGCUAGAACUUCACCACAGCAAAAAUUGAUCAUCGUGGAAGGUUGUCAAAGGAUGGGUGCCAUCGUAGCCGUAACCGGUGACGGUGUAAACGAUUCGCCGGCUUUGAAAAAAGCAGAUAUUGGUGUUGCCAUGGGUAUCGCAGGUUCGGAUGUAUCAAAACAAGCAGCCGACAUGAUACUUUUAGAUGACAAUUUCGCAUCGAUCGUAACGGGAGUCGAAGAGGGACGUUUGAUUUUCGAUAAUUUAAAAAAAUCAAUCGCUUACACUCUGACAUCGAACAUUCCAGAAAUUUCACCUUUUCUUGCCUUCAUUAUGUUGGAUAUCCCUCUACCUUUGGGUACCGUCACUAUUCUUUGCAUUGAUUUGGGAACUGAUAUGGUUCCCGCCAUAUCUUUGGCAUAUGAGGAAGCGGAAGCGGAUAUCAUGAAACGUCCACCACGUAAUCCGUUCACUGAUAAACUCGUUAACGAAAGGUUGAUUUCCAUGGCCUACGGUCAAAUCGGAAUGAUACAGGCUGCCGCAGGUUUUUUUGUUUAUUUCGUAAUAAUGGCUGAAAAUGGUUUUCUACCGUUAAAAUUAUUCGGAAUACGAAAACAUUGGGAUUCGAAAGCUGUUAACGAUUUAACCGAUUCUUACGGACAGGAAUGGACUUAUCGCGAUAGGAAAACAUUGGAAUAUACUUGUCACACGGCUUUUUUCGUAUCCAUCGUUGUCGUUCAAUGGGCUGAUUUAAUCAUAUGUAAAACGAGGAGAAAUUCUAUCGUACACCAGGGAAUGAGGAAUUGGGCAUUGAAUUUCGGUUUGGUUUUCGAAACGAUUUUGGCUGCUUUCUUAUCAUACACUCCGGGAAUGGAAAAAGGAUUGAGAAUGUUUCCACUCAAGUUCGUCUGGUGGCUUCCAGCAAUUCCAUUUUCUCUUUCUAUUUUCUUAUACGACGAAGCUCGACGUUUUCUACUCCGUAGAAAUCCAGGCGGAUGGUUGGAACAAGAAACAUAUUAUUGA